AUGGCUGCUAAGGAGCGCGAAGACCUCCACGGCAUUGCAUUGGCCAAUGUCUCUCAGCCAUCGUCUGUCAAUCACCACACAAAAUACGAUUCAGACUCCACUGCCACAAACUCAAGCGACGAGUUUGACUGGGAUGCUGCCGAUGCCGACGACCAGUCUGUUCACCACGCCAAAAAGGCAAAGCGCGGCAGGAGACUUUGGCUCGCCUUUUUGAAGCUGGCCAGGCCAAUUAGGACAACAAUCAUUGCGCUGAUUGGCGGAGGCAUUCUGAUCGCACCGCUCCUAGUCGUUCAUUUUCAGUUCAGAGACUCUCCUGCGCGAUGGCAUACCUUUACUUGGUCUCUCUGGCUCUCGAUCACUUGGGCUGCUGGCUCCGUUACCAGCCUUGUAAUCGACGUUCUCCCCGGUCUUCUUCUCCGCCUGAUUGCAUUCGUGGGCAAGCCUCCAGAGCACUUGAAAACCAAAACCGAGCUCUUCAUGGCCGUAUCCUUUUGGCUUAAACUCGCACUCGAUAUCUCCUGGUCCUGGAUCGCUCUUAGCGUUAUUCGCGCAAUCGUCAAGCCUCCCGGCAGCUAUUGGGUCUACGUCAACCGCGUCAUGCAGGCCUUGUUCUCUGCUGGUAUCAUCUUGCUUGUCGAGAAGCUCUUCCUCCAAUUUGUUGCAAUCAGGUUCCACGAAGAGGCUCUUGCUGACCGUCUAGCCGAGAACCACCUCGCGCUUAAAGCUCUCGACAGACUCAGCAACGCAACAGGCAGUAAAAUCAAGGCCUUUAAGAAAAAACACAAAGCCGGCGUGCAUUCUCGUAAUGCCAGCGUCGAGCUGCUUGGCACCGGCACAGGUACCGGCACCAACUCACCCAUCUCUCGGCCCGGCACGCCGGAUCCGAACCAAGCUCACAAGACUCCCGUCAGCGAAAAGGCCAAGGCCAAGAAGAAGCGCAAAAAGGCCGUGGCGAGUGUGUUGGGAGACGCGGUCGCGGCUGUUGCACUCAAGGAUAGCAAGUUUAACAAGCGCGGGGAGAUUGGGUCGUUGCAUUCUGCUAGGCGUCUGGCUCGGGACUUGUUUGAGAAUCUAGGGAGCGUCGAUCCUGAGCGCAAGGAACUUACGGUCGAAGACUUUUAUCCGUUUUUCAAGACUGAGGAAGAUGCCCGAACGGCGUUUAGCCUGUUUGACAAGGAUGGAAACGGGGAUAUCUCAAAGAAGGAAAUGCGUGAGGCCGUGCAGCGGAUCUAUCGGGAACGCAAGGCGUUGACUGCCAGCCUGAAGGACAUGAGCGCUGCCGUGGGCAAACUAGAUGGUGUCCUAAUCGUACUCGCUCUGAUCGUCAUCCUCUUUAUCUGCCUUCUCAUCUUCAAUCGCUCCAACACGCUCGCUUCGCUUGUUCCGAUCGCGACCAUCAUCCUCGGGUUCAGUUUUAUUUUCGGAAACUCGGCCAAGACUCUGUUCGAGAGUCUGAUUUUCAUCUUUAGCACGCAUGUGUACGACGUGGGUGAUUUGGUCAUGAUUGACGAUCAGGCACUGUUUGUAAAAGAGUUUGGUCUUUUUGCGACCACUUUCCGCAGGGUCGACGGUCAAGAGAUUAUUGCCCCCAACUCACUGUUGGCAUCUGUCAAGCUCAUCCAUAACGUUCGUCGCUCCGGAUCAAUGUGGGAAACGACCGACCUGCAAGUAUCGUACGAUACCCCGCUCGAAGUCCUUGAAAAGCUCAGGCAACGGCUCAAACAAUACGUCGCUGCAAAUUCGCGUGAAUGGGGCGGAGGAUGUGAGAUCAACAUUGACAAGAUGGAGUACCAGAAUGCGAUUCAUCUGAUUGUAGCUAUGGAACAUCGUAGCAACUGGCAAGACUGGGGAGGACGCUGGAACAGGCGAAACGCAUUUAUGAAGAACUUGAAAUCCGAACUGGAGGCACUCGAGAUCCAAUACUCCCUUCCUCUCCAACCCGUUACGUUCCAUUCCCAUUCUCACCCGCCCCCUUGGUACCGGGCCGGCAACGGAAACGAUUUUGGGAAUGCGGGUUAUAUGCGUUCGGACGGGAAUCGCGGCUUCACCACCAUCACUCCGAGCUUACAAGUCAUGUCUACUUUCAGCCUGAAGAAUCAGUCGGAUCUCAACGCCGAAACUCAAGGCUCUCCUGCCUUGAACAAAGUCAUCGGAACUCAGCCCAAUGAAUCACUUGGUACUCUUAUCUCGCCACCAAAAGAAGCAUCUCAGCAAACCCAGCACACAAACAGUGUGGAUGCUGGUCAAAUAAGCGGCCUCCAACCAGGAGCGCAGACAAACGGGACACAAACGAAUGGCCCCUCUCAGAAUAAUGGGUUCAACCAGCAGGGGAAUGGUGCCCAAUUCAAUGGUGCCUACUCUCAACAGUUCAACGGCGCAAGUCCUCGUGCAGGGGCUAGGGAUAUCUUCAACAUGGAAAGUCUAGUCACCCAGCUAGAUCAACUCAAGGUUAAUGACACCACGACAAUCGACAAUAGCCAAGGCGAGUCUGGCUCUGACAUUGAUCUCUCGGAUGGGUCGGGAUCAGACGAUGGUUAUAUAACGAGUGGAUCAAGUGAUAUGGAGAAUCGACCUCAACCUCGUCCCCCAACCUCGAAAGGAGAGAUAGUGGAUAUCGGUUGGUAUCCAGCAACGAUUCCCGUUGAUCAUCCUUUCUUCUCUUCAAUAGGACAACAUAUUCCAGUCUCGACGGUCAACCCAGCCGACCUUCACUCUACUUCAUCUAUGACACAAGAAUCAGAGUAUCAUUGUGGGCCCUUUCCAGAGUUUGAUGAGUUUAUCUACAAUCAAGGGUAUGUGGAAGGUGGUACUGGUACUUCUGCAACUAUGGAGUCGGGAGAAAUGCAUCAAGCACCAGUUGCGCCGCCAUCACCAACAGUAGGCAGUCCGGCCAGUGUGGUGAUGGAGAUGGAAUUAAACCCUGGCUCACCCACCGAGCAGCUGCAGCAAAUUGAAGGAUACGUCCGUAAUUUCCGCGAUGCGAAUGCGACUGCCAUGGUGGUUAUUUGUAUGCAUUGCCCUGUCGAAAAGCACGAAAAAACGGAUCUGAGGCCAACAAGUCUUAUUAGACAUCUACAAUCCCAUUUUGGUGUCAAACAGCUAGUUGUAGAUCAAGACAUCUCGGACAUGGCACAGUACGCUUCAGGUCAGCUUCUCCAAGCAUCUGGAUGCAUGGACGAAGAAAUGUACAUUGCCGGAACACAAUAUUUCCCUUUCAACGGUCAAAUACAUGGAUUUAACGAGAUACACCGAUUGAUAUUUCCCGUCAACGAAACAUGCGAGCCUCUGAGCCCGGUCAUAUCCAUCCCAGAGCCAGGCGCUUGGAUACCUCUCGGCAAUAUUGUUUUACGUACUACUGAAUGCGGAGGGCUAGAGUGGUGGGGAGCCAACUCUUACCAGUGGGAGCCAAUUAGACUCUUUUCGAGUUACGGCGAUGCCCUAUCGACUACUCCCCUUCUUGGGUCUUUCCGCGGGAUUAAUCUGGAGUGCGAACAUCAUCAUGUCGAGCAUGUUGGUUUGGAGCAAAAUACUAUAAAGGGGGAAGGAAACAUGGAAGAGCACUUUUAUAGUUAUGGGAACCCGCCUACUCAGGAGAGCAUUCAUCAAUGGGUUGAAGACUACAAGAAACAUCGUGCGCCUACCAUUUGCCCCCUAAAUGACUGCAGGAGGGAGUUGAGGCGACCACAUGCAUUGAAGGAUCACUUGCUUUUCAAGUUUGGUAUCAAAGUGCUACAAUGUGGGCAUGGUGAAUGCCAAAAGCUAUUUUCCACAAAGACGAAUUGCAAUCGCCAUAUGAGGGAUUGCAAGAUGAGGUCAGAAACUACGGGUCGUUACUAG